GUUUGGCAAAAGGGUCCAAAAAAGGCUCUACCAAUAUUAUCAUUAUCAUUUUCAUUUUACAAAAGCCUCCAUCAACAAAGUGAUCAAAGUUCCUCUUUUGAGUCUUCGUGCUUCCUUCCACGAUCCUUCUCAUCAAACCCCUCAUCAUAGAAAUUUGGAAAAAGGGUUCUGAAAUCUUAGCUACUGAGUGCGUAAUCACUGAGAUCUGCCUUCAUCCUGGGUUGGUUUUGUUGAUGGGUGCUUGCUGGAGUAAUAGGAUUAAGUCUGUGAGUCCUUCCAAUACAGGGAUCACUUCUAGAAGUGUCAGCAGGAGUGGCCAUGACGUCAGCUCAAAUAGCAGGAGCUCAUCAGCCUCCAUAUCCGUCGCUUCUCGGAGUGAGGGUGAGAUCUUGCAAUCUUCCAACUUGAAAAGCUUCAGCUAUAAUGAGCUAAGAGCAGCCACAAGAAAUUUCCGCCCGGAUAGCGUCUUGGGGGAGGGUGGGUUUGGUUCAGUUUUUAAGGGCUGGAUUGAUGAGCAUUCACUUGCUGCUACCAAACCAGGAAUAGGCAUGAUUGUUGCUGUUAAGAGGCUUAACCAAGACGGGUUCCAGGGUCACAGAGAGUGGUUGGCUGAAAUCAACUAUCUCGGGAAACUACAGCAUCCUAACCUUGUUAGGUUAAUAGGAUACUGCUUUGAGGAUGAGCAUCGGCUUCUGGUUUAUGAAUUUAUGCCCAAGGGUAGCAUGGAAAAUCAUCUAUUCAGAAGAGGUUCUUACUUUCAGCCAUUCUCUUGGAGUUUGCGAAUGAAGAUAGCACUUGGGGCUGCAAAGGGCCUUGCUUUUCUUCAUAGUACAGAACCUAAAGUCAUAUACCGUGACUUUAAAACUUCAAAUAUCUUACUCGAUACAAACUACAGUGCCAAACUUUCUGAUUUUGGCUUGGCCAGAGAUGGUCCUACUGGUGAUAAAAGCCAUGUCUCUACUAGGGUCAUGGGAACCCAUGGAUAUGCAGCACCAGAGUAUUUAGCAACAGGUCAUCUCACUACCAAGAGUGAUGUGUAUAGUUUUGGAGUAGUUCUUUUGGAAAUGAUAUCGGGAAGACGAGCUAUAGACAAGAAUCAGCCAACUGGAGAACAUAACCUUGUUGAUUGGGCCAAGCCUUACCUAUCUAAUAAACGAAGAGUUUUCCGUGUGAUAGAUCCCCGUCUCGAAGGUCAAUAUUUACAGAGUCGAGCUCAAGCCGCAGCUGCGCUUGCUAUUCAAUGUCUCUCCAUAGAGGCUAGGUGCAGGCCGAAUAUGGAUGAGGUGGUAAAAGCGUUAGAGCAGCUUCAGGAAUCAAAGAACAUGCAGAGAAAAGGCGCUGAUCAUAAACAGCAUCAUGUACGCAAUUCCGGUCCUGGCCGUUCCAACGGUGGCAAUGGUGGUUCAGAUGUCCCUAGAAAGGCUUCUGCUUAUCCUAGACCUUCUGCUUCUCUCCUCCGCGGUUGAGAGAAUUUUGUGACGCAGCAAGUGGUAAAGCAGAUAACAAACGAUUCAGAGGUUUAGGUGGGGCUGGCAUGAACCAUGUUUAUGUAAGCAGUGUAUAGUUUGCUUUAUUUCCAUGUUACAUUUUGUGCUAUAUAUAAUUUUUUUUUCGUGUUGUGGUCCUGAUUGUUAGACAUUCAAGAGUCUAAUGUGGGUCCUUAAGGUGUUCAUUAAUUUUGAACCCUGUAAACAACUGCAACACUACCCAUGUGGUUGAUGCUCUACAUUUUUAUCUUUUGCUUUUUAAUAUGUAAGAAAGUCUUCAUCAUGUUGACUAUUUGACUUUUCCCAACCACUAAACCCUGUUGACUCUGCUUUUUC